AUGGGAUAUUAUCUUUACAAUCAUUUGAAGAUACUUGGGGUCAUAUUUCUGUGUUUUGCAUUGCACAGUAAUGUGGUUGUGUCUUCAUCAUCAACAGCUCAAAAAAGAUGUGUACACAGCCAAAAAUUGGCAUUGGCACAACUGAGAGAUCUCAACCCUCCUGCACCGGCAACGACUCCAAGUAUUGAAUGCUGGCAUAACUAUUCAAUGAAGGUGAUGGAAUGGAAUAUGGAGGAGGAGGAGGAUUGUUGUAGUUGGGGUGGCGUUUCAUGUGACCCUGCAACCGGUUAUGUCAUCGGACUCGACCUCAGUUACAGUAUGCUGUCCGGUGAAAUUUUUCCCAUUUUCAAUCUUCACCAUCUUCAAACUCUCAAUCUUUCUUGCAACAAUUUCAACUCCACUCCAUUUCCUUCCGGGUUCGAGAAACUCAGGAAUUUGACUCACCUUAACCUUUCGUAUAACGGUUUUACUGGUCAGAUUCCUAUGGGGAUUUCGAGGCUGACAAGGUUGGUGUCUCUUGAUCUUUCUUGGAUGUCCGCUUAUGUUGAGUUAAGAAAACCAAAUCUUGAAUCUUUUAUUAUGAAUCUGAAUUCUUUAGAAGAGGUGUAUCUUGAUGGUGUAGACCUCUCAGCUCAAGGCUCUAACUGGUCUCAAGCCUUAUCCUCUACUACAUUUCCUCAUCUUGAGGUUUUAAGUUUGUCCGAUUGUAGUCUCAAUGGUCCUAUCCACCCUACAUUUGCAAACCUAAAAUCUCUGUCUUCUAUACAUCUUGAAUACAACAAGCUAUCUUCUGAGGUUCCCACUAUUUUGGAGAAUUUCAUGAACUUGGAAACUCUCAAUUUGGCUGGUUGUGAGUUAUAUGGAGAUUUCCCAAAAAAUGUUUUUCGCCUUCCAAAAUUGAAAGUCAUUGACAUCUCCGGUAAUAAACUUCUGAGAGGCCAGUUUCCAGAGUUUCCAAAACACACCUCUUUGCAAAUGAUUUCACUUCUACUAACAGAUUUCCAUGGAGAAUUGCCUCAGUCCAUAGGAAAUAAUCUUCAGUCACUGAAAGUUUUAGAUAUUUCUUACUGCAAUUUCUGGGGUUCAAUCCCGUCAUCACUAGCAAACCUCACAAGUAUUAUUGAGUUGGACGUUAAAGAAAACAGAUUAACAGGUUCUUUACCCCCAUUUCAUAGUACAAGUGUGCCAAAUCUAUCAUACCUUGACAUGUCAUCCAAUCUUCUCACCGGUGAAAUUCACUCUACUGUUUUCACACUACCAUCUCUGGCACAAUUGCGCCUCAAUGAUAACAAAUUCAGUGGUGAAAUUGAGGCGUUCCCUAAUACAUCUUCCUCUGUUUUAGAGUUUUUGAAUUUGGAUGGCAAUCAAUUGAGAGGGGUGGUACCUAAAUCAAUCUUUGAGCUUCCUAAACUCUUUCAUCUAUCAUUGGCCUCUAACAACUUUAAUAGCAUUGUGAAAUUUGGGAUGUUGGGAAACCCCAAGAACUUGGAAUAUUUAGACCUGGAGAUGCGUUCUUGUAACAUUUCUAAGUUCCCUGAGAUUUUGAAAGGCCUUAAUGCUUUAGAGUAUCUUGACCUUUCUGAUAACAAGAUAGAAGGUGAAAUACCAAGCUGGAUAUGGAAGAAUAAUCUUGAAUAUGUGAAUAUUUCUCACAAUCUAUUAUCAGUCUUUGAUGAAUAUUACCCAAAUGCUUCAUUAAUAAAUAUGUAUGCUCUUUAUCUUCAUGGAAAUCGUAUCAAAGGAUCUCUUCCAUCCACAAUAUGCAAUAUGAGCAGCUUGGAGAUUCUUGAUGCAUCAGAUAAUAAUUUGGGUGGCUUGAUCCCGGAGUGCCUGGCCAAACUUGCAACUCUGUCUGUUUUCAACUUGAAAGGAAACAGAUACCAUCAAAUGCCUUCUAAUUUUACGUUUGCCCAUAGUCUUCGGACUCUGAAUAUCAACGGCAAUAGAUUGAAAGGGAAGCUGCCAAGAUCACUGGCAAAUUGCAAAAGUUUGGAGAUUCUUGAUUUAGGAAAUAACAUGAUAUCUGAUUCAUUCCCAUUUUGGUUGGUAAAACUCCCUUCACUCAAAGUUCUUGUCUUGAGAAAUAACAUGUUUUAUGGUCAGGUGAAGAUUCAUGGGACAAAACAUGUUCUACCAAACUUACGUAUAGUUGAUCUAUCUUCCAACAAUCUCACAGGGGAGCUGUCUAGAGAUUUCUUCCAGAGCUUAAGUGCAAUGGCUAUGACUGAAAGAAAUAAAUCAACGAAGAAUGUCAUCGUUGGAGAGUAUGAUUGGUACUAUCGAGAUUCAGUGACCAUUGUAAACAAAGGAAAUGAGAUGGUGUUGGUUAAGAUCUUGACAAUAUAUGUGUCUUUGGAUCUAUCAAACAACUGGUUCCAUGGAAAUGUCCCAGAGGAGAUUGGUGAACUAAAGUCGUUGAUUGUGCUCAACCUGUCUCGAAAUGUUUUUGAUGGGCGGAUUCCAACAUCAUUAGAAGAGUUAUCUCAACUUGAAUCUUUAGAUUUCUCACAAAAUAAAUUCUCAGGGAUGAUUCCUCCGCAACUCACUAGUCUGACUUUCUUAGAAGUACUGAAUUUGUCUUACAACCAACUAGCAGGCCGCAUUCCUUUGGGAAGCCAAUUCAAUACUUUCACGAAUAGUUCCUACAUAGGAAAUGAGGGACUGUGUGGAAUCCCACUCUCAAGAAAAUGUAGUAGUGAAAAUGAUGCACGAGGAGCACAGGAGGAGAGCUUGGAAAGUGAAGCCAUGUUUGAUUGGAGGUUUGCAGUUGCUGGAUGUGGGUUUGGAUUAGUUGUUGGAUUAAUAAUUGGAUUCAAAUUUUUGGCAGAAAUAAUUAUUAUGUGGCUUGUAAAACAGAUGAAGAAGCAGCCGAGAAGGAACAAGAAAAAAAUAUGA